AUGGUUGUUGCGGUAGCUAUGGAAGCAAUAGGCUUCAUCUCUCGGUCUAUAUCCGCCCAGCACGUCUCUGAACGCACCCCCUACGUACUUCAAUUCUCUCUUAUUAUCCUCGCGCCUGUCCUGAUGGCAGCUUGCUGUUAUAUCCUCUUCGGCCGUAUCCUCUUCCUCGUCGUCCCCGCCGAAGCACGAACUUUCCAGCUGUGUUGGGUUCCUCCUCGCUUUAUCACCCCGAUCUUCGUGGGCUUUGACAUUGUGGCCCUGCUGCUUCAGCUAGGCGGCGCAGUCUUGAUCACUUCUGCCGACGGUACCAGCAGUGACGCAAAGGAUAAGUUUGACCGUGGUCGCAAGAUUGCACUGGUUGGUGUCAUAGUCCAGAUGAUUGCAUUCGGACUGUUCUCCAUUGCUGCGUUUCGGUUCAACUUCACAUCGAAACGGUUCGCGAAGCCCGUCGACGAGCGAUUUGAAAUGCUCGAAAGCAGUGGUGGAAGAUCACUUGGCCCGAAGAAGAGCGCCAACUGGAAUGCUCUGCUGAGAGUAGUGAACUUGUCUACUCUGAUGAUUCUUAUACGUUCGGUCUAUCGCCUGGUUGAAUUCACCGAAGGCAAGAACGGAUAUAUCAAUCUGCAUGAGUGGUGCCUGUAUGUCUUUGAUGCAUUGCCAAUCUUCCCAUGUGCGGCAUUGUUCGUCUACUGGCAUCCGGGGCGGUACCUCCCAUAUCUAGGAUUUCGGUUGCCGAAGAAUGCCCGGUGA